ACCGGAAGAAGCUUCCAGUGGUAUUUGCAGCAGAGUGUGUUCAUUGACAGCAGUCUGUGUCGUCACCGUGGUCACCAUGGCUCUCCUCUGCAGAAGUGCUGUCUCGAUCCUGAAGUCGUCCCGAGCAGCAGCUCCGUCCGUGCUGUCUGCUGGCCGCCUCUACAGCUCAGGUGGCCAGUAUGAGUAUAUUUUGGUGGAAAAGCGAGGUGAGAAGAGCGAUGUGGGUUUCAUCCAGUUGAACCGGCCCAAGGCUCUCAAUGCUUUGUGCGACGGGCUGAUGAGGGAGGUGGGACAGGCCCUGGAUGUCUUCGAAGCCGACGGCGGCGUCGGAGCUAUCGUCAUCACCGGCAGUGACCGAGCCUUCGCCGCCGGAGCGGACAUUAAAGAGAUGCAGAACCGAACUUUCCAGGAUUGUUACGGUGGAAACUUCCUGGCUCACUGGAACAGAGUGUCCACAGUGAAGAAGCCUGUGAUUGCAGCGGUCAAUGGAUUUGCUCUGGGUGGAGGCUGUGAGCUGGCAAUGAUGUGUGACAUCAUCUACGCCGGAGAGAAGGCGCAGUUUGGUCAACCAGAGAUCCUGUUGGGGACCAUUCCUGGGGCGGGUGGCACCCAGCGGCUGACCCGCGCGGUGGGCAAAUCCCUGGCUAUGGAGAUGGUACUUACAGGAGACAAAAUUACUGCGCAAGACGCCAAGCAAUCAGGUUUGGUGAGUAAAAUUUAUCCGGUGGACCAGUUGGUGUCUGAAGCUGUUAAAUGUGGCGAGAAAAUUGCUGCCAACUCCAAACUGAUCUCUGCUAUGGCUAAAGAGGCUGUUAACGCAGCUUUUGAACUGACUUUGGCUGAGGGGAAUCGUUUGGAAAAGCGCUUAUUCCACUCUACCUUUGCUACAGAGGAUCGUAAAGAAGGCAUGACGGCUUUUGUGGAGAAGAGAAAGGCCAGUUUCCAGGACAAUUAGAAAAGAGCAGACCAAGAGCUUGGCCAAGAAUGCCACAUUUUGGAUAUCUGCGAUUCAUUUCCUUAUCUGCAAUAAGUUGAAUGAUUCCUGAUCGUAGUUGAACAUACACAAUGUUUAAAUUGACAUUUGGCACUGAGUGAUUGCACAAGAGUGUCUUUUCACAGUGAUGCUCUACCUGCUGAGGUUUGUUAUCAAAAGCAUAUUCAGUCUGAGUGCAGGAGUCCAGUGGGGUUUGUAUGUGAAUACUAUUUGAUAACUAUGCCAGUGUGUAGUAGGAGGAAUCAGUGUUGAUGACUUGUACUGACUUUGCCUUUUCAUUUUCACUAUCAAAUGUGUGUCUGCAUUUUGUAGGUAACGUAUUCCUCUGUACAUUUUACAAAUAAAUCUCUCAAGUGGUUUUCAGUACUGUAACUGAGACAUAAACAGACUGCUGCUCCA